AUGUACACAAUUGCCUCGACGAGCAUAGUCAAUUCUCUCACAACAUUUGUCGCAUGCUGCCCAAGCAGUUAUACUUUUUACGGGACUCAAUAUGAGACCCUCGACCCCAUCUUUCAAUGUGCAUCAUCAGUCUCCAUUGGCCAGACUCUAAAGUUCGACAUAGUGACAGAUAUCGAUGUAUUCGUCACCAACACCACAGUCAACAAAGAUAUCUAUUUCAGCGUUUAUGCUGUCCCUAUCAACGGCUACGUCUUUGCAGACGCCACGACCAGCACAUCCCAGUCAAAGACCUCUACAGCUGGCGCAAUCGUUCCACAAACGCCAACAAUACCCCAGACAUCUACACCACUCCCAGCAACCACAUCAAUAUCAACACUAAACGUCAACUCAAGCACCAGCGGCUUAUCAACAGGCGCCAAAAUCGGCAUCUGCGUUGGAACCUCCCUUGCAGUCCUAGGCUUCUGCGGUCUCAUUGUGGCAUUCUUCCUCAUCCGCAGAAGCAAGAACUCGAUACGACAGCACGAGAGAGGCAGUUUGAUGGAGACUCGCGCCUUGACACCCGAGUUACCUGAUUCCGAAACAAUUCGUCGGAAACCGGUUGCUUCUCAGAGGGCCUCCGCGACGACGACUGCAACGCAGACAACUUCGCCUAGGGCUCCGGACACGAUUUGGGAGGAUCCUGAUGCUUCGAAUGAGGGGGAGCAGGUGCAGCAGGAGGGCGUGCAUGAGAUGGGUGCGACGCUCCAAGUGCCAUUCUCUGAUUCUAAUGCGUAG